AGUCCCCCGCGGCCCCGCGAGUCGUGAGUCUCGUAUAUCCUAGCUCCCGUGUGUGGGCGGGCGGCGCGGACGGAAUAGAAUAGAAAAAAGAAUAGGAGAAGGGAAGGUGUGCGGGAGCAAAUAGCAUAUCCAUUACUCUAUCACCUUUCCGAAGAAUUGGAUAGUAUAGCUAGAUGGCCAUCACCUAGGAAUCUAGGAUUCGUCGUUUCUCCUCCGUCUGUCCGCGUCCCGUGUGGCGUGCAGAGCCCGUAUAUUAGGCAAUACACACAACAAACGUCUAAGAUGCUGGUGAAACAAGAUCCGGAGUCGACCGUGUCGACGGCGCCGCUUUUCAUCUGUAGCUCCUCCUCGUCCGCCACCUCGUCCUCGACGUUACACCGCAUUAAAAUGCCCAGCGCUCAGGAGCAGGAGAAUGAACCCCAGCUCAACAAUAAUGGCCAUCUCCACAAGCAGCAACAACAGCAACAGCAAAAACAGCAGCAGGUCAAACGGAAAUUUGCUGCCGGCAAGCUCCGGGUGGGCACUGCCGUCAUCAACAACAAAAUCACCGAGUACUUCCAAGUCCGACGGAGCGAGCGCAAGUGCAAGCGCGCCGUACUCGAGGAGAAACAGCGUGACCUCGAAAACAAGGUCCGCUGCAGCUCCGAGGACGGACUCCAAGUCAGGUGUUUCAAUGGAAAGGGUCGAGGAGUCAUUACGACGAGAAGUUUUGUAAGAGGGGAAUUUGUUGUGGAAUACAUCGGGGAGCUCAUUGAUCUGGUGACGGCCAAAAAGAGGGAAGCCAAGUACGCCAAGGAUCUGAAUACUGGCUGCUACAUGUAUUAUUUUCAGCACAGAAAUCAACAAUAUUGUAUUGAUGCCACAGCUGAAUCUGACAAACUUGGCAGGCUGGUGAAUCAUUCGCGCAACGGAAAUUUGUUAACCAGAAUUGUUGAAAUUGGCGAUACGCCACAUCUUGUUUUAAUAGCAAAAGAAGACAUACCUGCUGGUAAAGAAAUAACCUAUGACUAUGGGGAUAGGAGUCGGGAAUCCAUACAAAACUAUCCAUGUUUGAUAAAAUUAUUGAUAUGUGAUUUUUAUGAUAUUUUUGUCACCGCAAAUGAGCUUACACACAAGUAAACCAUGUUCAAACUAUUUCUACCUUUACUGCCGAAAUUGCUGUGUUUUUGUGUAUUGGACAUUAUUUUCAAGCUGUUACAUCCAGUAUGAAUGAAAUGAACUGAAACUUUUAAUCAAACAGCGUGAUUGGACGACAUGUAUCGUCAUAAGUUAUUUUCUACGAGUUGACUAUUCAUGGUGAUUGUGGUAAACAAAUUAUUCGUUAAUUUAAGAUAUAUAUUAUACAUAAUUCAUUCAUGACACACGCAAAUAUACCUUACGCAUGAGUACUGGUAAUUUUUGUUGUUAGUUUCUUUAAUCGUCAGUAGUAAGGUCUUGUAAACGAUAUUUAAUAACAAUAGUUGAACAAUCACUGCUAUACAUUUUACUAAAAAGAAAUGUAGUAUUAGCAUUUUGUACAAUCGAUUAUUCUUCCAAUCUUUACAUGUCAAUAAGCCUAUGUAAAAAAUUUGCUUUUUAUUUUGUCUAUGAACUGUUUGUUCCAUCAAAUAUACCGUAAUGUUCUGGAAUGUCAUAGUCUUAUUAAUAAUUUAAUUAAAAUUUAUAGAAAAUUUUAUUUAUGGCGUAUAAAUGUAAAAUAUUUUGCUGUAAAUAAUUUCCGAUUACCGAUUUUGAAACUAGUGCUGCAGAAGAGAUGCGCAGACGAGUAUGCGCGGUAACGGUGAUUUUUUUUUUUUUGCGACGACGAAACGGCGGGAAUG